AUGGAUUUGGUCGCUGGAGUUCGCAAAGAAGGCAGUCGCGGCGGCCGCGGCGACUUCAAAUGGUCCGACGUCAAGGACUCCUCGCACCGCGAGAACUAUCUCGGCCACUCGCUCAUGGCUCCCGUGGGUCGUUGGCAACAGGGUAAGGAUCUAUCCUGGUAUGCGAAAGGAGACGCCGACGACGAGGACCAGGCCAGAAAGGAGCGCGAGGAGAAACAACGCGUCAAGGAAGCCGAAGAAGAAGCGAUGGCACGAGCGCUGGGUCUUCCCGUGCCCACCAAAUCCUCAGAUAACGCCAACAUGGUUCCGCUAGGCAAUAGGGAAGGCCAAAACCCAGCCCUGGAUACCGCAGCGGGUGAGGACUUGGAGGAGGAUGGUGUAAGGAAGGGUGUUGGGUACGGGACCGGGACCGAGACCGGGAACGUAGGCAUCGCAGACAUCGAGACGAGGGGGAACGUCAUCAUCGGAGUCAUCGCCACGGAUCGAGAACGAGAUCCCGCGAUCGCGAUCGCGAUCGCGAGCACAGGAGAAGACACUCGCGCUCACGGUCAAGGAGUAGAGAUAGAAAGCGCGAUGAACACAGGAGACACCGAGAGGACCGGCAUCGAAACCCCCCGAGGGAGAAGGACUCUUCUGACUAUCAUCGACGACGCUGAGCUCUAG